AUGACAAACGCGUUCAUCAGCAGUGGAAGUCAGGUUUUGCCUUCAAAGGAAUUGGCACUAUUUCGGAAGAUUUUGAAAUGUUAUGAACAAAAGCAAUACAAAGUUGGGUUGAGAUGUGCAAAACAAAUACUUUCUAAUCCAAAUUUUUGUGAGCAUGGAGAAACGCUUGCCAUGAAAGGCUUAAUUUUGAAUUGUAUGGGAAAGCAUGAGGAAGCUUUGGAAAUUGUUAAAAAAGGUUUGGCUGCUGAUUUGAAAUCGCAUGUUUGUUGGCAUGUAUUUGGUUUAGGUUUGUUAUUUUUCAACGUAAAAAAUUCAUGGGAAUGGCUUAAAAUCAGUUUUGGGUAGCCAGGGAUAUU